UCUUGUUCCACCAUUCUUCGGAAAGGAUAAGGAAACAAGAAACCAGUCCCUCUCUACUCUUACUUCCUCCAAUUUCUCCUAUUUUUUCCAAUCUUUAAACUGUAAAUUCAAGCCAUGGCGGCAACACUAUUAACACCAGUACUCCCUUCACUCUCUCUCAUUUCUAAUCCAAUUUCCACCUCUCUUAAAAGCUCCAUCUCUUUCCCCCUUCCCAGCUCCCUCCCCAAGAUUGGUGGGCUGAGCAUAAAGUGCGUUCGUGUGGGUGGAGUGGAGAUUCCCAACAACAAGAGAGUAGCGUACUCGCUGCAGUACAUUCAUGGGGUUGGGCGCACUCGAGCCAAACAAAUACUAGUUGAUUUAAGCAUGGAGAACAAGAUCACCAGGGACUUAUCUGAAGAGGAACUUACCACUCUUCGUGAGGAAGUUUCCAAGUACAUGAUUGAAGGAGACCUCAGGAGGUUCAAUGCACUUGCCAUUAGAAGGUUGAAGGAGAUACAAUGCUAUAGAGGUGUUAGACAUAUUCAGGGAUUGCCAUGCAGAGGACAGAGGACUAAGAACAAUUGCAGAACCUUGAAGGGAAAGAGGGUUGCUAUUCCAGGGAAGAAAAAGCGUUAGGCGAUGGUAUACUUCCUCUUCUGAAAUGGAUUGGUAAUGUUCUCAUUGGGCUUGAGAUCUGUACUCUUUAGUAAAAUUCAACUACUACAAUGUGAUUUUAUUGCAGUUCCUCUUCAAGAAAUCACAUUUGCUAUUGCUAGUUUCUUGUUUCAAAUUGAACAAAGUUUUCUUGUUGGUUCUUGUCAGUCAGUACUGAGAAAUGAAAAUUAUUGGCAAAAGUUGAAAUGU